AUGUUUCGCGCACAGCAAAAUGCCUUUGACGAUGCCGUCGCCAAGGCCACCGACGAGAACCUGACAUCGGAGAACUGGGAGUAUAUUCUGGAUGUUUGCGACAAGGUUUCUGCCGAGGAGUCGGGCGCGAAGGAAGCAGUCGCCGCUAUGAUCAAGAGACUGGCCCACAGAAAUGCCAAUGUGCAACUCUACACACUUGAGCUCGCAAAUUCUCUGUCGCAAAAUUGCGGUCCCAAAAUUCAUCGCGAGCUGGCCUCAAGAAGCUUUACAGAUGCUUUGCUGCGUUUGGCUGCUGACCGUAAUACACAUCAACAAGUCAAAUCGAAGAUCCUGGAGCGCAUGCAAGAAUGGACCGAAAUGUUCGCUUCUAACCCAGACUUCGGCAUCAUGGAACAAGCGUAUAUGAAGCUCAAAGCUCAAAAAAGAGAAGAGGAGGAGCUGCAGAUGGCACUCGCCCUCUCUGUCAAGGAUAAGAACCCGCAGCCCCCUGCUCCACAAGCUGGAUCCUCGGCAGCUGCCAACGCAGCAGCUGUUGUCAACCCUGCUACCCAGCCCGCGGCAAGUCCUCAGCCUGUCGUCUCCCAGCCGGUCCCAUCGGGUACUUCUGCCGCAACAGUGUCACGGGUGCGAGCCCUCUUCGACUUUCAACCCUCAGAACCUGGCGAACUUCAAUUUCGCAAGGGUGAUAUAAUUGCCGUUUUAGAAUCAGUUUACAAGGAUUGGUGGAAGGGAUCUUUGCGGGGGCAGACGGGAAUUUUCCCUCUGAACUACGUUGAAAAACUCGCGGAUCCUACGAUCGAGGAGCUGCAGCGCGAGGCACAGAUGGAGGGCGAGGUCUUUGGGCAAAUCAAGAAUGUUGAGAAGCUUUUGACAUUGCUGAGCACUCGCAGUUCUGAUCUUAAUGUCCAAGAGAAUGAGGAGAUUACCCAGCUCUACCACUCUACUCUUGCCAUCCGCCCAAAGCUGAUCGAACUCAUUGGAAAAUACUCUCAGAAGAAGGACGAAUUCACUCAGCUCAAUGAAAAGUUUAUCAAAGCGCGCCGUGACUAUGAGUCGCUUCUGGAGGCCUCGAUGGCUCAUCCAGCUCAGUCUUACGGACGACUUCCUCAGGGCCAAAUCCCUGGCUUUCCCGGUGCUGCACCUGCUACUGGUUAUCCUUCUCAGCCAGAUCAGCGGUAUUUUAGCCCUCGUCCUCAUCAAGAUACCCAAGUUCCUCUUUAUGGAGCGGAGCAGACGGUCCCCUUCCGUCCAGCUUCUCAGUCUCCUGAUCCUCGCAAUCAGUUCCCCGGUGCAUCAGUUCCCCCGCAACAGUCAGCCCCACCCCAAGGAACCCCUGUUCACCACCGCCCUCAAUCUACAUACGACCACCCGCAGGAACUUGGGACAUCUGUCUAUGACUCUCCAGUAGUUGAACAAGGCGCGAACCCGCGUCCUGGCUUUGGAUCUAAUGGCCAAGCACCCCCAAGUGGUAAUCAGCAGUUCCAGCAGCAGCCUUCGGGACAAGACUAUUCCCCCUCUGUCUACUCGCACGAGAAUGCCUCCCAACAGCAGAUCCCAUAUCCAAGCACUCAAAACGCACACCAAGCUCCUCCUUCCCACCAACCACCAUCUGUUCCUGGAUCUGCGCAGCCCCCUGCCCAGUACACAGCCUUCAAUCCGGGUGCUUCAGCUCCGUCAGCUCCCACGGAAUACCAGGCCUACCAACCUCCUGCUGGAGGGGCGAACCCAGCCUCUUACUACAGAUGA